GGUAGGUUGUCUUACCCUGCGACUCUGGAAUUAAUUUACCGAAGUGGUUGUGGCACAGACUCGGGAAUCUUAAGUAUCAGUGAUCUUGUGGUCCUGUUGGUGUCUGGUUCUCAGUAUCCUUCUUACCGAUAGUUAUUCGGUACUUAUCACCGCGGAAAAAGAUGGCAGGCAGUGGCCUCUCGGUUUCUGAUGUCGCCGCGAAAGAUGCUUCGACCUACAAAUCCUCUACCGUCUUUGAUCUUCUGUCUCUCAAGGGCAAGGUUACCGUAGUAACAGGCGCUGGGCGUGGAAUCGGGCUUGUACUCGCGAGAACGGCGGCCGAACUGGGCAGCAACGUCGCACUGCUCGAUAUACUCCCAAGACCAGCUGACGAUCUGUCAGAAUUGGAAAUAAGUUUCGAUGUACGGGCGAGAUAUUACCGAGCCGACGUAAUCGAUAUCACUCAGCUUGCCAAGGUCUUCGAGCAAGUGAAGAAUGAUUUUGGUCACAUUGACAACUGUAUCACCGCUGCUGGACUGGUCUUGGACAAACCCUUUCUGGACCAUGAGUGGGAGGAGAGUGCGAAGAUCAUGAACGUCAAUGUCUUGGGCAGCUUCUUCUCUGCACAACUCGCCGCCCAGAGCAAACAGUAUGGGACCAGGCAAUGUUGGGGAUUUCACACAGGAGGACAUGAUAAGUCUGCGCAUCAACCACGUUUCACUUGGCGCUCGGAUUAGCGACAAUCUUUUUCAUCUAAUGUGCUCGCCAACGCGGAACGGGCGAACACUCUUUGAUAGAAGACCAGGUGUCUUGCCCUAAGGAUGAUGAAGUACUUGUCCAUAAAGCGUGGCCCCCGUAGCCCCUCUCGACCAGCACUGAAUACUGGUAAGCCACCAGGUUGUGAUCGAAGUCAUGUUUAG